CACCUCGCCUUCCUUCUCCAUCGGGAAGAGGCUGGAGAAGCCAGGCAUGUCGCUGGUACCGCUGCUGCCCGUCCCCUCGGUGCUGCUGGCUUCCGCCGCUCCCAGCCGGGCAGUGGGCGACGGCGGUCUUGGCGCGGUUUGAGCGGGAGAUUGUCCCCAGAAGAGGAGCCUCCUUUGUCUCGAGAUGUGGGUGAACCCGGAGGAGGUGCUGCUGGCCAACGCGCUGUGGAUCACGGAGCGAGCCAACCCUUACUUCAUCCUGCAGAGGAGGAAGGGCCACGGCGGAGAGGGAGGCAGCGGAGGCAUCGCGGGUCUCCUUGUGGGAACUCUUGAUGUUGUACUUGAUUCAAGUGCAAGAGUGGCACCGUAUAGAAUUCUGUACCAGGCUCCAGACUCAAUGAUAUACUGGACUAUUGCCUGUGGUUGUUCAAGAAAAGAGAUAACUGAGCACUGGGAAUGGCUUGAGCAGAAUUUACUACAAACAUUGUCUAUCUUCGAAAAUGAAAACGACAUAAACACAUUUGUCAGAGGAAAAAUACAGGGAAUCAUUGCAGAAUAUAACAAAAUCAAUGGUAUUAGGGAGGACGAUGACACAGAGAAAUUUAAGGAAGCUACAGUGAAGUUCCACAAACUAUUUGGGAUGCCAGAGGAAGAGAAACUGGUGAAUUAUUAUUCCUGCAGUUACUGGAAAGGGAAGGUCCCUCGUCAGGGCUGGAUGUAUCUCAGCAUUAACCACCUGUGUUUUUAUUCCUUUCUUAUGGGAAGAGAAGCCAAACUAGUCAUCCGGUGGGUUGACAUCACCCAGCUUGAGAAGAAUGCUACUCUGCUUUUGCCAGAUGUGAUCAAAGUCAGCACAAGGUCCAGCCAGCAUUUCUUUUCAGUGUUCCUCAACAUCAAUGAAACAUUUAAACUAAUGGAGCAACUUGCCAACAUUGCUAUGAGGCAGCUCUUGGACAAUGAAGGCUUUGAGCAGGACAGGUCCCUACCCAGACUUAAGAAGAAGUCCCCUAAAAAAGUAUCAGCACUAAAACGGGAUCUUGAUGCUAGAGCCAAAAGUGAGAGGUAUCGGGCCUUAUUCCGCCUUCCAAAGGAUGAAAAACUGGAUGGACAUACAGAUUGCACCCUGUGGACUCCAUUUAAUAAAAGGCAUAUUUUGGGUCAGAUGUUUGUCUCGACAAACUACAUCUGUUUCACUAGCAAGGAAGAACACAUGUGUAGCCUCAUUAUUCCACUUCGAGAGGUAACUAUUGUAGAAAAGGCAGACAGUUCUAGUGUACUGCCUAGCCCACUAUCCAUCAGCACUAAAAACCGAAUGACAUUUCUCUUUGCCAAUUUAAAAGAUCGGGACUUUCUGGUGCAAAGGAUUUCUGACUUUCUUCAGCAAACUACUUCCAAAAUAUACUCCGAGAAAGACAUUUCUGGAAGUUACAAUAGUUCUGACGAUGAGGUAUAUUCAAGGGCAAGUAGCAUCUUUUCAUCCAGCCCUCAGAGAAGCCUUAGUUCUGAAGCUGAUGGAGAACGGCAUUUCAACUUGAACGGUAACAGCAUCCCAACAGUAACGCAGGCGCUAAUGACCAUGUAUCGUCGGCGUUCGCCAGAGGAGUUUAACCCUAAAUUAGCAAAGGAGUUUUUAAAAGAGCAAGCUUGGAAGAUUCAUUUUGCCGAAUACGGACAAGGCAUUUGUAUGUAUCGCACAGAGAAAACAAGAGACCUUGUGCUAAAAGGUAUCCCAGAAAGCAUGAGAGGGGAACUCUGGCUGCUUCUGUCAGGAGCUAUUAAUGAAAUGGCCACCCACGCUGGCUAUUAUGAAGACUUGGUGGAGAAGUCCAUGGGGAAAUAUAAUCUUGCAACCGAGGAGAUUGAGAGGGAUUUACACCGCUCCCUCCCGGAGCAUCCUGCAUUCCAGAACGAGAUGGGUAUUGCUGCUCUGCGGAGAGUACUCACUGCUUAUGCAUUUAGAAACCCCAACAUAGGAUAUUGUCAGGCCAUGAAUAUUGUUACGUCAGUACUGCUUUUAUAUGCAAAGGAAGAGGAAGCAUUCUGGCUUCUUGUGGCCUUGUGUGAGCGCAUGUUGCCAGAUUACUACAACACAAGAGUUGUUGGUGCUUUAGUGGAUCAAGGUGUGUUUGAAGAGUUAGCUCGAGAUUAUGUUCCCCAACUCUAUGACUGUAUGCAGGACUUGGGUGUCAUCUCCACCAUCUCCCUUUCCUGGUUCCUCACACUCUUCCUCAGUGUUAUGCCCUUUGAAAGUGCUGUGGUUGUGGUGGACUGCUUCUUUUAUGAAGGGAUAAAGGUGAUAUUCCAGUUGGCACUUGCUGUCCUAGAUGCAAAUGUGGACAAGCUGCUGAAUUGUAAAGAUGAUGGUGAAGCUAUGACUGUGCUUGGAAGAUAUUUGGACAGUGUGACCAAUAAAGACAGCACUUUACCGCCAAUUCCACACCUUCACUCACUACUCAGUGAUGAUGUAGGGCCAUAUCCUGAAGUGGAUAUCUUCAGGCUCAUCAGAACUUCUUAUGAGAAAUUUGGAGGUAUCCGAGCAGAUCUGAUUGAGCAAAUGAGGUUCAAACAGAGGUUGAAGGUAAUCCAGACACUUGAAGACACUACCAAACGUAAUGUGGUACGAACCAUAGUGACUGAAACCUCUUUUACAAUAGAUGAGCUGGAAGAACUUUAUGCCCUUUUCAAGGCAGAGCAUCUCACUAGCUGCUAUUGGGGGGGCACCAGCAAUGCCACUGACCGCCACGACCCCAGUUUGCCUUAUUUAGAACAAUACCGCAUUGACUUCGAGCAGUUCAAAGGGAUGUUUGCGCUCCUCUUUCCUUGGGCCUGUGGGACUCACUCAGAUGUUUUGGCUGCCCGCCUGUUCAGAUUGCUGGAUGAAAAUGGAGAUUCCUUAAUCAACUUCCGGGAAUUUGUCUCUGGCCUUAGUGCAGCAUGCCAUGGAGAUCUUACUGAGAAACUGAAGCUGCUGUAUAGGAUGCAUGUUUUGCCUGACCCAUCAUCUGAUCAAGAAGAGCCAGAUUCUGCCUUUGAAGCAACUCAGUACUUCUUUGAAGAUAUCACACCAGAUUGUACACAUGUUGUUGGCGUAGAUGGCAGAAACAAGCAUGGAACAGAUGAGGGAUUUGUUAAUGUGAGUGUGAAAACUGAAAAAGGUAAAAAGAACUCUCAAGAUAAUAGAAAUUAUCUUAGAAUGUGGAGCCAGGAGAAUAAAUCCAAAGUAAAGAAUGCUAAGGACUUGCCCAAACUAAAUCAGGGGCAGUUUAUUGAAUUGUGCAAGACCAUGUAUAAUAUGUUCAGUGAAGAUCCUAAUGAACAGGAUCUUUACCAUGCUACGGCAGCUGUGACAAGUUUGCUUCUGGAAAUUGGUGAGGUUGGUAAGUUAUUUAAUGUUCAGCCUAUGAAAGAGUCUGAAAACAACAGUAAUGCAAUUCAGAAUAACUUGCUCCAAAAGAAGGGGAACCAGCAGUAUCACCUUGAACAACGUGAUCCUUUUCAAGAUGCCUUCUUUGCUGACGAGGAAGAGAAUAUUUGUGGCGAUGGUACACAUAUGGAAGACAUUAAGCUGGAAGAUUCCUCUCCUAGGGAUAAUGGAACUGGCUCUUCCAUGCUGAUUUCCGAUGAUGAUACUAAAGAUGACAGCUCCAUGUCUUCCUAUUCCGUCCUAAGUGCAGGAUCUCAUGAGGAGGACAAGCUGCACUGUGAAGACAUUGGCGAGGACACCGUUUUGGUACGAAGCAACAACCCAGCUUCUCUGCCUAGAAGUACUAGCAUUGACAGAGACUGGGCCAUCACCUUUGAGCAGUUUUUGGCUUCCCUCUUGACUGAACCAGCCCUUGUGCGGUACUUUGACAAGCCGGUCUGCAUGAUGGCGAGGAUUACUAAUGCUAAGAAUGUGCGGAUGAUGGGCAAACCAAUUAUAUCCGCAAGUGACUAUGAAAUCUCUGCUAUGUCAGGCUAAGAGGGCCAGAUGAUAAGCUUGUGAGGUUUUUUUUUUUCAAGAAAAAACUUUUAGGUAUUUAUACUUAUGACUGCCUGACACAGAUCCUGGAAUUUUAAAAAUGUGGUAGUUCUUGCUUGUGUGAACAUGUUGGGAUGUAAAUCCAUACUUUGAAUUAUGAAUUAUUCUGUUUUUCUCUGUGUCCGAUAGCUUUAUCAGAAUGCUUGUCCUAGCCAAUAUACAUACAUGGGGAGGGGAGGGGGAUAAUUGUUUGUGGUGUGUAUAUUCCUAGCCUUGCUAUUCAUGGAUAAAUUGUAACGGUUUGUUCACUUUUAACACAUUGAGCAGUGUUUGUGUAUAUUCUCCAAACUGGCUUAAAAUCUUGAGUGUAGAGAACUUGGAGGGCUCGAAAUGGCUCAAAUAGUGUGUGUGGUGCAACGUGUGGUCUUCAUUCACUUUCGAAGAGUCAGCACUGUGUAUUGGUCUUUUAUUCACAUAUGAGCUGCUUUCUCAUAAGGCUGAAUGAGGAAAUGGGGGCACCAUGCAUAAAGCAGAACCCCUAUUCCUGUAAGUGAUUGGUAAACUUAGAAGGGGGAAGAUAGAAAAGGAUGCUGUCAAUUUGUUUAGGAGUCAAAACAAGUUCUUAGCAGCCUCCCUGGUGGAUGUCUCUUUAUAUAUAAUUUUUUAAAAGGCUAAUGAUUUAUAAUACUUUUUAAAAUAUAUUCUUCAGGGAUACUGCCAGAGACUUGACUUGACAAUUGUCCGUGUUGUGACCUAAACAACCCAUAGUACCCUUUUUGAAAAUUACAGAGGGUUUUGAAAAUGUAGGUAAUUCUGUGUUAUUGACAUUUUAAACUAAGCAUUACCAUGAAUCUAGUGCAUUGUAGAUUAAUAGCUGGAUUGCCUAAAUCUUCAUUUAUAAUACAGUAAUUAUCUGGAAUGUAAUCUGGAAAAAAAUCUGCAAGAAAAUGUAACCGAAUGUUUGAAAGUCUUAAUGAAUGAAAACACUGUCACUUUACUCUAGAUUAAAUAUGUAUAAUGUAAUUUACUGGAUGAUAUGUUGAAUGACAAAUGGAGCACCUGCACUUUGAAUUCUUGUUUCUUGUUCUGAACCGUUACUUGGGUACAAUUCUAUACUGUUGUGUGUACAAGAUUCCCACACACAAAGGAUUCCCACAGAGAUCUGCUUUCACUCUCCCUCACUGUCUUUUAGGAAGGCAAUGCUAGAAAAAGAGCUCUGUUGAUCCUAAAGGAAUCCUCUGAAUGUGGCCACUGUGCCCACAAUAGAAAGAAUUGGGCCCAUCUUUUUUUAAAAAUGUGUUUAGCUGUUAUUUAAUUUUCAGAUUUGAUUCAAAUCAUUCUUACAUGCCUGAACUUUAUUUGCUGCCUUCAAAAAAUUCCAUCACUUUUCUGGUUUUUUAUAUAUAUAUUGUAUUUUAUGAUCAUGUAAUUUCUCCAGGGUUUUUUUAAAAGCCAAAGCUGUUGAUUUCUUUUUGCAGAUAUUUAACUGUCUGUAAAAUGGGUUAACCAUAGUAAGUAAAUGUGAACAAGACUCUUUGUUUUUUAAAAAGAUAUUAAACCUGUAUCAGACAGAA